CAAGGCUUACUGUCAAACUGUUUGGCGGAAUCAUCACUGUACUUAAGAGUCUAUUUUUAAGAGAAGGCAAAGGAUCGCAAUUAGCUAACUACAGCCCUCUCCGAUUCCAAACGUCUGCUUUGUCCUCUGCCUCACCUUUCUGUUUAUUUACCACUUACAAUCUCCACACGGAGUUGGCCGAAGUUCCUGAAGUGCGGCAGCAAUGUAGCCCCCCGGCAAGAGCAGGUGGGAGAGGAAGGGUAGCGUGCCAUGGCCGGGGCCCAGCACACCAGCCCCAAUCCCCAGGGACAGCAGCAGCCCACAAGGCUGUGAGGAUAUCGCAGACAUACCCCCAUGGAACAGGGAAGCUGCCUGAAGCACCAGCCCUGCUGUUAACUCACGCCAUAAUGGGCUUAUUUCCUACAUUUGGUGGCAGCAUAGUAUUCAGGAUAAUGUUACUGCUACUUGCACAGGUUACCGCGAAACCAAACGACGGAGAUGAGGGAGUUAAAUAAAAGGGAUGGGGAGUGAAUCACUAAAAAGUCUUUCCCAGAGUCAGUUCUCUGUUUUGGGGGAAGUUAUUUUAAUUCCCUUUCUCGCAAACAACCCGCAGCCUCACCGUGUCCUCUGGAGCCUGCCUGCCUGACAAUAUAACAAGAUUUCUAAAUAAAUGAUGUGCAGGGGCAGCUCAUGUUCAGCAGACAUAACGGCAGCCCCGCUCUGAAGGCUGCGGUGCCGGUAACGCCGUACCUGUGCACCGCGGGCCGGGCUGAGGGCAGCGCCCGCUCACGCCCAUGCCUUAGCGGAGGCGCGGCCCCAUGGACACCGCUCCGCCGGGCGGACCUGCCUUCGCCUCACAGCUCCUGGCGCAGCGCAGCAUCCAGCAGCUCGAGCGGCGGCAGCAGCAGCAUCGCUGAGCCGGGGCCGGGAGGCAGAAUGGAAGGCUUCAUUCGGCUGCUCUUCGGCUACUUGGUGGCGGACCUUCUCACGCUGGUGUGUCGGGCUCAGGAGAAAGCUGGCCAGCAGCUGGGGAGCUUCGUGGUGCUCUCGGGAGGAAACCACUCCAGCCCUGGGGAACAGCUAGACCCCUCUGAGCCACCUCCCACUCCGGACUUCUGUAGGGGCUACUUUGACGUGAUGGGGCAGUGGGACCCCCCCUUUAACUGCAGCUCGGGGGAGUUCAUCUUCUGCUGCGGCACUUGUGGCUUUAGGUUUUGCUGCAAGUUCAAGAAGACAAGGCUGGAUCAAAGCACCUGCACAAACUAUGAGACGCCGUUGUGGAUGAACACUGGGAAGCCUCCCUCCCGCAUAGAUGACCCUCUGCAUGACCCUACCAGGGAUAAAACCAACCUCAUUGUCUACAUCAUCUGUGGGGUUGUGGCAGUCAUGGUGCUGGUUGGGAUCUUCACCAAACUAGGGCUGGAGAAGGCGCACAGACCCCAGCGGGAGCACAUGUCCAGGGCUCUUGCUGAUGUUAUGCGACCUCAAGGUCCUUGUACAACAGAUCAUAUGGAAAGAGAUCUAAACAUUGUAGUACACGUGCAACAUUAUGAAAACAUGGAGACGAGACCUCCUCCAAAUAAUUUACAUCCACCGCAGAUGAAUAACGUCUUGCCAACAUCUCCCCUCCUUCCUCAGAUGGCACAUCAACAUUCAUAUCCCAGCCUGGGACAGAUCACAAACCCCUACGAGCAGCAGCCCCCAGGCAAAGAGCUUAACAAGUACGCCUCUCUAAAGGCGGUGGCUGACAAAGUCAACGAUGACUUCUACACCAAACGCCGACAUCUUGCAGAACUGGCUGCCAAGGGGAGCCUGCCACUCCAUCCAGUGCGCCUAGAUGAAGAGAGAGCUUACACGAUCGACAGUGGCCUAACCAAACAGAACGGGCAGAAAUCCAAAAUUGCAAAGAUCCACACACACCCAUUAGGUUACAACUCCCACUACAAGACCUGGGAUCCGAACGACCAGUCUCUUAGACGGCAAGCCUACACAAACAAGGGGAAACAUGGGAUGGGAGACCCAACGUUAAGCGACCCACUGACAACCCGGAGCCAGCACUAUUUGGGCCCACAGCCAUACUUCAUAACUAACAGCAAGACAGAAGUAACUGUUUGAGUUUCUUUUUUUUGUUUUGUUUUUAAAUGAAAUCCUUUAAAAACCACACACAAAUACACAUACAACACAAACACUCAACUGAAAGGCAAAAAAUAAAUUCAAAAACAUAAAAUAAAAAUAAAAAAAGCAAACAGAAGGAAGGAAGGAACUUCCACCUGGACACUCUUGGUAUCCAGCCAACUGUAGACCGAAGAGUGGGUUAAUACCAUUCAGCAAUACACACUGAAGGUUGAAUUAUAAACUCCAUUUGUAUUUCACAAUGGAACACAAACCCUUGUGACUAAAUUUUUUUACUUGAAACUAAAAUCCAUGAUGAGAAGUAGCACAAUCUAGAGAAACCUUAUGUCUGCUUAAACAUUUACACUAUGUUCCUGCCUUGAGACAGAGGAAGAAAGAGAGAACAAUAUACUGUAAUAUAUUAUUUCAGAGAGGAAUUUUCUAUAAAACGUAUUAAUAAGCACUAGACCUGUGAAAAGCCAAGAGCAAGGAUCUUGGUACAACCCCUAACUUCUAUUAUUGUACUUUCACACUAUACCUUAGAAAGCGCAAAAAAUAUAUAUACAAUAAGGGACAAAGACUCUUUCACAAGGAAUUUAUGAAGACUGUUAUGAAUAAGAGCAUAUGGGACCUUUCUGGCUGGUAGAGAAUUCUGCAGGAUGAUAACAAACAGCAGAAGAUUUUAUUUCAGUUCACUUCGUUUGAUUUGAAAUUUUUGGGAACCUCCAAAAUAAGAAGAGACAUAUCACAUGACACAGAAAGCUGCUGGGGGAAUAAGGGCAUCAGAAUAUUUCCUCUCAGUCCUCCUGUUUUCUGGCAGACGGUAACAAUUCUCACUUUGCAGACUGUCAGGACUUUUUCUUCACCUAAAUGUUUUGCCUAUCUUCAACUGCUUCAGACUGAAAUUAAGCGUGGGUGGUGCCUUUACUGUAUUACUAUUGUUCAAUGACAGUCUUGUUUCUCAAAGUGACCCCUCUGUUCCUUUAAGCUAUUUCCUCAUGUUUUGCUAAGGAUGACAAGGGUUGUGCCCUGUUCAGCCUCCUUUGUUUGUCCCAAAGGGAAACUGGACUACAUCUCCAUGCAGUGGUUGCACAGUCAAGACUAUUUAGUUAGCCCCUCCAUUUUCCCAAUUUAAACUUUUCCCCUCUAGUCUCUCAUUUUGUAUUUGCUUUUAGCCAUGGUAGUUCUUUGUAGUUCAACUAAAUGUUAUAUGGUAUAUUGUCUCUAUCGUUUGGCUUUCUAUAGUGGCAUUCCCUCUCGGUGGACUAUUUGGUGGAAGAGGCUAACAGACUAGCCUCAAACGUCAAAGAGAUCUGGGUUUUAACUAAACAAACAAUUGGACUCAUGGUCUUGACUGCGGUUUUGAUGAGCAGGAUGCCUUGUUCCUACGAGUAAAAGCACUCUUGAAUUGGGCACUGGUAGUAGCCUCACAGUGCUGGGCCUGUAAAGGCUUCGGCACAUCCACAAAGAGAUAAGCAGAGUUGGGAUAGGCGGGCGGUGCUGCAACAGCCUGAUGGCAGGCAACGCACUCAGUCUUUCACUUAAAUUCCUGCCCUUCCCCCAAAACAAGUAAUUUGGCUAAAUCCUAACUAGCUGUCUCACUACAGUUGCGUUCUCACCACCUGUCGAUUCUUCUGGAGAUUAGUUUUGGAAGAGUAUGCAGAGAGCAGUGAGAACUGUUAUGUUGUAAGAAGAACUGGAAGUGGCAUUUCUUGCUGUACUCAACUGACUGGCAGAGCUGCUUCUUAGUCAAGGAUGCAAGGGCUAAGAAUCUGAAAUGUGGUUAAAUGGAGAGACCAUUUUUUUAGCUAUAUCGAGAUUGAUUUGCAUCCUGAGAGCACCGGCAUCUCUCCAUACGCGUGCUGCCAAAUUGUAUGAUCAUACCUUUUAAGACUAUCAGAAGUGGACAAAGCCCACGGGACAAAUACUUUGCACACAACCCAGAUUCUUCACUACCUUACUUUCAUUCCUUUAAUCUUUAUUGCCUUCACAACUGGCUGACUUAAUUUGACCCUUUAUGGAAUGUUGCUGUUAAUCCAUAUGCUUUAGAUACACAUUACAGCUGCACUCUAAUUCACACAGGUUUCGUGUAACUUGAGCAUAUUUUAUGUGGAAAUAUUUUAGUAACUGUAUGUUCUGUAAGUAAACCCGUGUUAAUACUUGUUAACUACAGAGUUUAUGAUACCAAUAAUACUUCCUACAAUAAAAUGUUUGUUUGUUUUUUAAGAAUGUUUAUUUGUAAACAUAUGUAUUCACUAUAUUAAUAUGAAUUUCUUACCUGGCAAUAAAACUGAUUCUAUGUGAAUCCAA